AGAGAACGAAACCCUUGUGUGGGUCGCCAGCUGAAGUGACCAGUUGACAUGGCGAGGGGGGCUGCGGGUGACGCAGCGAGACCCCGUGUGGGCAGACUACAGUCAAAAUCCGUGUUGGGAGGACGCGUGGUAGUGUUUUCCGUUGUUUGGUUCUGCAGAAUUCCAAGACCCAUAACACGUAAGUGUGAUAUGAUAGUGUGUUACUGUUGCAGUCAUGAUAAGGUACUAUCAAACUUAGGAUACUUAUCAGUGUGCAUUUAAGUACGUAUCCAUUGUAUAACUGUCUCAUAUGCCACUAUCAGUGUACUGUAUAAUUGUGUCAUACUUGCCACUAUCAGUGCACUCAUUCUUGGCUGGUGAGUGUGAGAGAGUGGCUUCGACCUUCAUCAAGAGAAGGGCCAAUUCUCUUCCUCAUUCUCACCGGAGAGAUGCGAGUAUUAAUUUAUUUGUUUCUAUGAAUUAAGGAGCAUGCUUUGUUUCCAGGUUUGGACCAAAUAUAAUAAUUGUGUCGACGUGAGGGUCUCAUUAUCCUGAUCAUCUUGAUCAUCCACUACACGCGCCACAUUACAACAGUAGCAGUCGAGACGUGGAGCAGCGUCUCAACGGAGCAAGUAGAACUACUGAGUGAAGCAGGGGGUGCGAGCCAACAUGAACCCGUGCAAAGGGAACGACGGAAGAAGUGCGUGUGAUCCCCCCCAUCCCGGUUUGGCUGGCUCGAGGACCAGCAGGAGAGAUGUCUCGCUGCCCGUAGAAGCCAAGCCCGGAGUGGGACAGAUGUUGCUACUCGUUGGACACUGGAACACCGUUCAAGAGUGUUUUCUCGUCUCUGGUCUCUUUCCCUCUCCCCAAUGGGAAGUGUGAAUGUGAUCGUGUGUGUUCUGAGCUCUCUCCACCUCUUGGUAGCGGCUGAUAGUGUGAAGUCAAUCUUCUCCACAUUGCAGACACACCUAAGUGUGUAGUUGUCACGCACGUAAGGCAUGGUUCUCUACGCUGCAGACACGUAGGUGUGUAGUUGUCACGCACGAACGCACGCCUCUGGACAUAAUUGCCCUCGCACGAGUCAUUGUGAUUUGUGCCACCGUCACUGUGCAUCUUCACCUCUGAGUGCCAGUGGUGCUAUUAAUAAGACUAGCCAGUAAUGGAGGAAAACAAAGCAGAAGAGAGCAGUCUGCCGACUAAUAAGGAAAUACAUAAUCCUACUGCCUCUUGCACUACAGCGGCAACAAGAAAAAAGCCUCGACGCUGCAGAGAGAACGACCUCCGAAAGGCCAGACAGGGCGGAAGACUGAGUGAACAGGUGCAAUGAGUGUACGAUCACUUCACGUUUCUGAAGUCCACUUUUUUUAACGUAUUGCUUCUAGUACAGCGUAUUGUGGUGGUUUCAUCAUUUUCAUUUCUCUAGUGUUUUGUAAAGGAUGGGGGACGAGUGGAGCAUCAAGAGCCUAAGCCAGACCAUUGAGGAUGACGAGGAGGAAGAUCUAGUGCCCACCACACCCAGCCAGGAGGAUAUAGACAUCACCGCCCCUUCCCAGGACAGCACCUCGCUCCUUGCAGACACUCAUGGCCCUGGCCGGCGAAAGGUACCACAGACGCUCUCCCUCGGGCUCCCAGAAGACCCUGAAAGUGAGUCCCUUCCAUUCCUGCCCCUGGAGUGGGAGCCACAGUUCCCCGUGACGCCAGCCCAAGAAAAUGGACACUCCCCGGUUGACAGAUUUCUCAAGGGCCGUGUUGACUCCCCCACUGAGGACCGGGACUUCGACAUGGCACUGGGCAGCUGCAACGGCCAGGGUGAGCCCCUCCCAGGGUGCUCUGCUAUCUGGGCCACCAGGAGUGCAAGUGAGGUUGGGGUGGUUCGAGAGGCCAGCGGUGGCAAUGGCUCAGGUGACGGCUCCAGCACCAGCAGCCGGGAGAAAACCACAGAGGAUGCCACAAAACAGGACACAGCCAGAGAUGGGGAGAAGGAGACUGCGGGAGGAGAGGAGGGCACAGGUGGUGGGGGACAGGGAGGAGGGGACCAGGGUAAAGGUGGGGACAAGGGUGGCAAGAAACGCUCUGGGACAGAGGAAGAGGAAGAGGAGAGCAGUCAUGAGCCCUCCAGUGACUCCAGUGAAGGGGUGGCAAUGACUAGCACCAGCAGGGAACACAAGCAGGAGGAUGAGGGGGUUGGACCCUCACAGCCCCAGACUGGAGUCGCCCCCACCAGCGAAAGUGGUCGGGAGAAAGCUGUCACGUCCCAGGAUGAUCUGUUUGCCAGUCAGGAAGCAGAACUUCCACUCCACCCAUUGCAGAGGGAGGCCUUCCAACCACCAGGUCCUGAGCCAGAGGGCCUAACUGUGACCCCUGCCACCACCAUGCCCAUCUUGCAGUUGUCCCAGGAGGAGGAGGAGGCCCGGGACCCCCUCAUCACCCACUCUCCCCCAAGGAUAUUAGCAGACACUCCAGCCUGCACCGGUUCAUCAUCAUCUCCCAGCAGCCCUCAUGUGCAGCUGUCACCCCUGAAGAGGAAGAGGAGUGACUCAGAGACACCUCUCUCAGAGUCAGACACAGCCCAGGUGCCUCUUAAACUGCGCAAGACAGAGCCAGCCACCAGUUGCAGUAGUGAGUCAGGAGAGGAGCCAGUCAACGUGGGUUACAAGGCCCUCACCAGCAAGGAUGUGGAGAUCAGUCCCAAGCAGAUCCACCCACCCCUCCGAACCUCAAAGCUACCACCACGCACAUCCACGGUCAAGUCACUCACCUUCCAGUCCAGCAGCAGCAGUGACGAACCAUGUGAGGGACCACUGCGGCUGCCAGUGGAUACAGAGGCAGAGGAAGAGAGCAGUGACAAGGAGAGACUCAGUGCACCAGCUACAGGAGAUGCCAGGAAAGAUAAAUCUGCUUCAGACAAAGAAGGGGAGAGUGAGAAGGGAUCAGAUGUGAAACUGGCAAUAAGAUCCUUCCCAAUGCCCAUGAGAAUGCAUGCUUCACCUGGUGGGGAGAGCGGAUCCCAAAGUUCUGAGAAGGAGGACAGUGACGUUGAGAUCCUCGAGGAUGACCCAAAGAACCGCAGCAUAGAGGUGGUGUAUGAGAAGCCCAAAGAGCGACUCUCCCUUGAAGCAGGGAUGGAGUCACAAGACCUGAAUCUGGUGCUGGAGUCCUCCACUCAGCCUGACCCUCUGUUCCGAGAUCCAGCCAGUCAGGACCGCAUGCAUAGUGAAUCAGACCCACUCCUGCAUCUCAGUAGGUCAGAACCUCCUGAGGCUAUGGACCACACACCAGUUGGGACGGCAGAUCCUGUUGAGGGCACCAUGCCAGCCACACAGAUUGAAAAAAUAUGCAAACCUGCCAUCCACACCCAACCAGACAUUGAGUCUUUAAUUACUCUUCCUCUGCGAGAUUCUCAGACCAAAGGCAAACCUACUGAGACCACAGCAGGUGUAUCAGAAGAGGCUGAGAGGGAGAAGAGCAAUCAGAGUGAAGCAGAGAGUCAGGAAAAGCAGGAAACCCAAGAAGACAGACCUCCACCUGAUGGCACCCAGUCUUCCCAGGCAUCACUGAGGUUACAGAUGCCAAACAUUUGCACACCUUCCUCACAGGAAUGCCAGCACCUGCCAGAGAGUGAGUCCCUGUUUGUGAAAGUGUCAAAAGCUGCUAAUAAGAGAGUCCAUCAAGAGGAAUUGCUCAGUGCAGACACAAAGAAAGAUGAAAAGAGUUGUGAGAUGAUCACUGACUCCUCCCUUGAGGUCACAGAAGUUGAUAAGACAGAGGAAGAUCAUUCCACUAAGGAGGCAUCAGACGGGAGAACCACUGGGCCAGAAAGUGUCUCCAACUCUUCUACUCCAGUGUAUCCCCUGGCUCCCUCCAGAUCCUGCCAGUCCACUCCUUUUGCUAGUCAGCACCUUAAGUCCUCACAGAUAACAUCCCUCCUGGGUUCUGGCAGGAAGGACGGCUCACACAGUGUUGGUUCAAUCGAGGGCUCAAAGCCUAUCUUGGUAGAGGAGACGGACAGUGAGGAUGAAGGAACCCCUCAUAGGAAGCGUAAAAAAUUGCGCCCGCCUGCUGCCAAGGCAUCGCUCAGCAAGAGAGGCUCCCAGCUACUGGAAGCAGAAGAGAAGGAAACUGCAACCUCACCUCCAAAUACUAGUCAGGGAGUCAGUCUCAGUGCCUCUAACACAGACAAGGAAGCCUCCAAGUCCCACACCACCUCUCCUGAGGAAGGAUCCAGUGCCAAGUCAGUGACAUUCAAGUCUCCUGACACACAGGUCUUGGAAGCUCAGGGGCCUUUCAACAGCAUGCUGGAGCUGUUGAGGGCCGGCUUCAGGGAGACACGCACACUGAGGCCGGCAGUGGAGUAUGUUCAUCCAGAAAGCGGCGAGAGGCUGGUGUUGACUCAGGAUGGGAGUCAAGUGUUGGUGUGCACCAUUUUGAGUGCCUUCCACAACUCCAGCAGUGGCAGCAGCAGCAGCAGCAGCCGUAGGACCUCUGAAGUGAGCAGCCUGUCCACUACCACCAGUUCCUCCGGUUACCUGGGAGACAAGAGCUCUUCGUCCUCGGGGUGUUCGCGCCGUGCCUCCACCAUUUCCAGCAUUGAGUCCUCUCGGCUGUCCAUAGGCAGUGUGGUGACCCUGCCUUCCCCACCUCGGCCCCAGAAGAGCACAGCCUUUCUGGUGCCUGCCAUGGGGUCAAGAGGCCAGGCAGGAAGUGGGGCUGAGGGCGACUCCCCCAAGGUGGUGGAGCAGGUGUGUCUUGACUCUCCACCAAAAAAACCUGCCGAGCCGGCUCCCUCCAGCAGUGAUGGGGGUUCCAGGACUCCCAGCCGAAGGGGGAGAGGGAGGGCCCGUGGUCGUCCCAGAGGGCGGGAAGCUAGCCGGGGCACCCCCAGGAGAGGUCGAGGCCGAGGUCGGGGUAGGGGCAUGGCUGCAAGACCCUCAGAUGAUUCUGACUCAGACAAUGCAGAUGAUGCCCAAGCUGCAUCACUCAGCCCCCCCAACACCCCCAACCCUCCUGAACCAGAAGAUGAGGAGCUGCCACCUGGCUUGUCAGAUCUUCGAGGCUCCCUGCCACCAGAGGUGUGGAGGAUGCUGCAGGCUUCUCAGGCACCACUCUCAGAGGAGGAGGAGGAGGCGUUUGUGGGACGUGUGGGUGGAGACUCAGAGCAGCAGCUGGCACACAUCCUCAGGCGGGUGCGUGAGGUGGAGCUGGAGCCCGACCUGCUGGUGUUUGCACGCUUCACCGACAACAAGUUUUACUCAGCUGUUCUGCGAAGUCGUGAUGGCGCAGACCGCUGGCACGUGCAGUUCACCUUGGACCAGUAUGAGGCAUCAGUGCGGGAGGUAUACCUGCUGCCCACGUCCCUGCUGCCUCGGGGCCAGGCCUGCUAUGUGCGGCAGCAGUCAGACUCUGAACACUACAGUGACAUGGGUGUGGUGAAGGGCCACAUCAGGGUGGGCAGCACCAUCCUACACAUUGUGGAGACAGACCGAGGUGCCACCCAGCGCGUGCUGCAUUCACACCUCCUUCUCAGUGGUGCCCAGGCCCACCACAUGCUGCAGGCAAGACACAAUUUCCGCUCAAUGGUUGCCUCACCAGGCAGAGAUGUGUCCCUGGACAACAUUGUGGCUGGGCGGCGGCGGCGGCAGCAGCAGGAUAAGCAGUUCUACUCGCCACGCUCCAAGAAGGCUGACGAGAAUCUGGACACCAGCGAGGCCACGGCUGGGGAAGGCGAUGAGCUGCACGAGCUGGCAGGCUCCAGCAGGACACCGAGCAGCAGGAAGGCUGCCCGCGGACGCAACCUGUACGCUGUGGCAGAGGAGAGUGAUGUGGCUGAACUCACCCCCAAGAAAAGGAGAAUUGGCACAACCCCAAGGGGAUCCCACACCCCCCGCGGCACCCACCGGUACCGUGGCACCGCAAGGACCCUGAUGCAAGAGAGAGACCGCCAGCUACAGGAGGAAUUGGCGGCCCAGGUGGAAGUCAUGCACUCCCCUCUCCUGGCCACUCCCCCAAAGAAGCGUGGCCGUCCCCCGGGCCAGACCAGUAGUACCCUGACCCCUGUGAGAGAGCCCAAGCUGGACGAGAUGCCAGAGGAUCCCAGCUUGGGACCGCUGCCUCCUGUGGGGUCCCAGAUGUUCAAGGGCUACACCAUCCUCAUGACCAGUGGUGACAGUAGCAUCCGCAAGAACCAGAGUCUGGAUAAUGAGAACCUCCCGCCAUUUGACAAGGAAUACAUGGCCGCCCAAAUCCGUCGUGGAAGUGGAAACGUCCUGGAAAAAUAUUCAGAGGCGGAGAUCAUCCUGGUGGAACAAGGCACCAGCUCCUCCAUUACCAAGACGCCACAGAAGUCAAAGAAGAAGAGUGGCUCUCCAUCCUCCAGCACCACCACUCUCCUCCUCAUCUCCAACACACACUGCCGGACCGCCAAGUAUAUCCAGUGCCUGGCCUCCGGGGUGCCCAUCGUCUCCUUCCAGUGGGUCAUCAACUCAUGCAAGCAGAACAAAGCGCUGCCAUGGAAGAUGUACCUUUUGCCAUCUGGGGAGCAAGAGUCAGGAGAAGUCUGUGAGCAGAACCUGUUAGAGGAGGAGGGUGGGUUCCUCAUGCAGAGGUACCUGCUGGCAGGGCAACGCAUAUUCCUGGGUUCCUCAGAUAAUUCUGAAUUCUGUCCUCUAUGGCAACCUCUGUUGGUCUCGGCAGGAGCCAAAGUCAGAGUGCGGCCUAGAACAGGAAACCUGAACCGUGUGUUGGACAAAAGCAUGACGCUAGUGGUGGGAGACAGCAGCCUACCCCAGGACGAGGAACAGCGGGCCAGACAGCUGGGCCUGCCAGUAGUAUCCACUGAGUGGGUGAUCCAGUCCCUCAUCCAGGGCACGCAGCUUUCCCACGAGUCCUUCCUGCGGCCACUGGGGAGGCCCUCGGGGUCCAGCACCAGAGGGGAAAACUGAACUCUGGAUUUCCAAAGUGAAGAGUAUGUUUGUAGGAGCCAGUUUUUGGAUAGAUUGCCAUAGAAGAGUUUUUGACGCAUUUCCCUGUCUGUGGAAAUGAGAACUUUUAUGUGUGUAGAUGAAGAUACAACAGUAAGGAAUUUUCCUCCUCACUUCCACCUGGAUUGUAACUGUUGCACCACAAUUGAGCCUCAGUGUAGUGUUCUGUAUAAAGCUUGUUGUCACAGUAGAUUUUGGUAGGCAGCAAGUAGGAGGUGAAUCAUAUCAUUUCAAUUCCAUCAUUAAUUAUAUACAUGCAUAUAAUGUCAUACUUAUUUUAGAUUUAAAACCUCCGUCAUCUCUCCUCAGAAGGAACCAUUAGGAAAGAUGGAUUGACAGACAAGGUUUUUAAAUUUCUGUAUUGAUAUUUUUAUUACUUCUGAAAUUGAUAUGCACAUACUUGUGACCUAGUACAAUUUAGGGCUUGGCAGUGUGUGCCUCCCUAGCAGGUUGACCAAACUUGACCUGAGCCAGAGGUGCAGCACUUUGGCUAAGAGGCCUCACAAGGCAAGUGUUUGCCCACACUGGCUCCCUGGCUCGCUGGCUUGCUGCCAGCCAAAGCCUCAUGGAGUCCACAAACAUGUUAAUGUCCUGCUCACAAGGAGAGGGUAUUUCUCUUGACAAGAAAAUUUUUACAAAUCAGCAUACAGGUCCAUCUAUUCUUUUGUAAGUGCUGUCAGCUGUGUGUGCGUGUGUGCGUGUGUGUAUGUAUGUGUGUACAUAGGAACAUGCAGACGUGAAUUUAGUAUAGUGAUAAUUACAUUUUUUAUGACUGCAGAAUGAAUCUUGUUAGCAUGUGCUGAAAACAAACCCCAAAGACUGAAGCACAAAGCCACAUGGGGUGAGAUGGUGGUCUCACUCUGCCAGGGAAGCUGUCAGGACAACACUGAAAAGGGUUGGCAUAUAUGGUAGCUAUUGAUUAAAUUGCACUUUAUUUGUAAGUUUUUAUAAUUGCUUCAAAUGUGCCAUAAGUUUGUGAACAGAGGAACUGGGGCACACAUGUGAAAAAAUACUCAAGAUGCAAUCCAUAAAUUCCCUGACUGUUUGUUUGAAGGACUUGGGCAACCAGAAGGGGCUAACUGGGUUAGUCAAGUAAAAAUGGAGGUUGAUGCACAACUCACCCAAUUAGUCAUCUAUGUUGUGUUAAAAAAAAAGUUGCAUUAGAAUGCCUUCUUUGCUUUUGCAUAAAUUAAAAUAAUUUAUUUCAGAAACCUUGUGAAGGCCAGGGCUUUGCAAAACUAUGAUUUAAAAAAAUGAAGUGAAAAGAACAUUACAUUACUGUUGGAAAUAAAGAGAAAAUAUAAUAGAAACUGGCAUCUGAGAUACAAAAGUGAAGGAAAUACGCAUGAGGAGAUACAAGUGCAAAGGCUGUCUCCCUGGCCUGGAGCAGAACUAUUGAAGCCCUCAAAGCAGACAGUUUGGGAAGCUUGCAUUGCACCUCUUCCAAGACACUGGAGUACUGCAGCAAUAAAAUCAGCAGCUGUUUGUUGUGCUGUUGUUUGGACUUGACAGGGAUAAAUGUGACAUCUAUAUUAUCUAAGUUUACCUUCACCAGGUGUUACCAAGGAUCUCUAUCAUUCACUAACAAGGAAAGACAAACAGGUGGUUGGGGCUUGUAUCUCUCCACCUGCUUUGUGCAUGGAGCCACUGGUGGCUUUCCUACCUAGUACAGUCAUGGUCAUUAGUUAAGUAACAUAACACAGACACCACCCAACUUACCAGCAAGUUAUGUUCCAGACAGUCAUUUGUAAGUCGUUAUUUUGUAAAACUUUCAGUGACUAGGUAAUGUGGUAAAAUUGUGUAAAAACAAUAUUGUACAUUACACAGUGAUAAAGAUAUUGUAUACGUAAUAAUAAGACAAAACAAAUUAAUAGAUUGUACAAAUACUGUAUGUACUGGUGUACUGUAACUGCAGGCUACAUUUCCCAUUUUCCCCACCAGAUUUCUUUAGAUGACUAGCUUAGUUUCAUUGAGAUGGCUUGACACUUCUUAGCAGUGCUAGCAUCAUCAAUAGCCUUACUCUUCUCACCACCCAUGAAUGAUAAUCAGAAAGUGAAAAAAAAACACAAAAAAAAUCUUGGAGCACAAUCGAACAGGUCUUACCAGGUUGAGAGUUGAGUGUAAACAUCUCUGGAUGUUCAUAAGUUGGGAAGUGUCUGCAUUCAUUUUCACUGUUCAGUAUGUUUCCUCAUUCUGAAGUUGUGUGAUCUUAUAAAGCCUGAUAACUUGAUGGGUUCCAAGGAGAUUAGGGGACUUGAGGGAGAAGGCUAAGCAUUGGUAGAAAGUCUCUGUGGCAGGUUGCUUGACUUCUGACCAUGACUAUGCCUGGAGGUGUGUGUGUAGCAGGCCAUCUUGACAAAACUACAUCAACACCACACACAUCUAUUUCCUCAUCUGAUGUACUUUUUGACCCUGUCAUUUCAUUGCUUACUCAUUCUUUCUCACCAUCACUCCCUCUCAAAAAUCAUGACACCAUUUGAAACAUUUAGUUAUUCCUACAUUCCAACUCUGUUAAUGUUCAUGUACCUUCAUUUAAUCAUUCACCUAUAAUUUCUGUUGAUUUGUGUUUUCUUUUGUAUGCUCAUGUAUUGUACAUAUAUUGAUUUUUAUUGUGCGAAAUUCGCACCAUAAUAUUUUGUAAGCAUUUCAAAUUCUUAUCAUAAGUUUGUACAUAGUUAAUCCUUUUUUUCCAGAUGCCUAAGAGUUUUUUUUCUCUCUAGUGGUCUCCCGGUAUAUUUGUCGUGUACAGAUUGGUUCAUUUACAGGAUGGAUUGAUAAGUCCUUGACAAGUCAUGAAAUUGGCUUAUAGCUGCACCAAUUUUUCUGGUGCCUUCAUAGUAGAAUCUAGCACCAACAUAAUGCUCUUACUCUGCCCAUUCUUCUGUGAUCCUGCCUCCUUUCCACACAUUACCCUGUUCUGCCCCAACUUAUACUUACCUUGAUGCCUUUUCUCAUGUUUCCUUCUCUUUCUCUCUUUCUAACUUGAUAUCAUGCCUUCACCACAUUCAUGUCCACCUAAUUUCAUUGCUUUCCCAUAUCCCUUUCCUCCCAUACCCUCAUCUCUCUUUUGUUUCCAGCAGUGCCAAGUGACCUCUAGUCUGGCACACACUCAUCCUUCCUCCCUUCGGUCAUUCAGUCAGUCCUCAUCCUCAUGACAGGAACACCUUCAACACAGGCACGUACACAUUACUUCCGAAUUAUAACUAAAUAGUGAUCAGGCUUCCCAUACUCUUUAGUAAUGAUGUGAUUCAGUGAGGGUUUGUCCAGCAUGGGCAGGCUGUAAUACAGGAGGGUCUAAGACUGAUGUGUGUUGUCUGGCAGUGGGCUGUGACAUGUGACAUCACACCAUCCUGUUGUUGUCUGACUUUACCGUAUCUCCCACACUUAUCCCAGAGCUGCUGCUGGCUGUGUCCUGGUGCUGGAUAAAUCUUCACUGUGGACUAGUGUCUUGUAUAAUUUGAACCUCCUGGUCUUCCUUCUUGAAGUGUAAAUGAAGAAAAUUAUACCUUGGAAAUAUCUUCAGCACUGCAUGAAAUGUGGUGGUUUAUUAUUAUAAUUGUUGCUGUUAUUAUUAUGUUGUUGUUAUUGUGAUCAUUAUUCCAGGGUUAGAGUGUGAAAAAUGACUCUCAAACACUCUGCCUGACCAAAUACUUGGUGUUUCUGGUCUGAAGAUUAUUUGGUUGGGUCUUUUUCAGACUGCUCAUUGAGAGUGUCUGUGUGUAUGCUUACAUGCAUGCAUACACAUAUGCAUGUGUUUGUUGUUGGUCUGUGUUUGGAUGGCUGCUGCAGAGGACCAGAAUGGUGAGACACCUGGAAGUGGUAAAGAGGCAGUAUCCAGAGAGGUAAGAGGGUUGUAGUGGAUGAGCAAAUGGUGAAUGUGUAGGCAAAGGCAUUAUUUUUAUUUUAUUUUUUUUUUUUUUUGUCCAUCUUGUUGUUAAUGUUGAAUUUGCAGAUUCUUCAUUUUUUAUUUAUAAGGAUCAGUGUGCCACUAAUGUCUGUGAUCUUGGACAUUUGCAGCUUUAACAUUUAUUAUAGCCAUUAUAUGGUUAAAAAGGCUGUUCAUGUCUUAGGAAACUUUUUUUUUUUUUUUUUUUUUUUUUUUUCUCAAAUGUAGAAUGGUAUCAGGAAAGAUAUGUGGAUGUAUGUCAUUGUAUGUGAAAGCAUGAAAGAGAGGGAGAGUGUAGCUGUAAUGUAUAUUAAGUUGGAUUCUACUUAAUUCAGCUUCGAUAAACUACUCCUAAACUGCUCAUUAUCAAUGCUGAAGGGUUUUUGAAGAUGUCACUGCAGAUUUUUUUUUUUUUUUUUUUUUUUUUUUUUAGUGUUAGGCACUUGUCUGCGUGGGGCUGUGCGUGUUAAUGUUCAUAUCGGCUGUGUUAUUCAGUGCUGGUGUUGUUAAGAGUGCAGUUGUUUUUCUGUGAUUCUCAUUUGGGUAGAUUCCAUUGAAAGAGCUAGUGAGCUUGCAAGACUCAAGAUUCACCCAAUGCUUCAUGCAGUGACUUGGUUCUCAUUAUGUAAAUUGUGAUGGUUGUAAAUCAUUGCAUUUAUAUUUUUAAUCAUAUUAGUAAGAGAAAAAUUGUCACUUUUCAUGUUUUAUUUUAUGCACAAAGAUUUUUUUUUUUUUUUUUUUUUUUUUUGUGUGUGUGUGUGUGUGUAAAGAUUUCCUUGUAAAGAAACUGCUAUGUUCUAAUGGAGUACACUGUUAGAAUAUGGACACUUUCUUCUGCUCAAAUUUUUUUAUCUUUAAGUGAAGAUCUGCAGAAUUUCCAUCUCUUUAUCCUCAGUUAGUGACUGCAGUAUUGUGUAGGAAGACCCACAUAACAUUUGACAUGUACAUUGUGUUCCUUCUUGAUGUCUUAGAUACAGUCAUGGUCAGAAGUCAAGGAACAGCACUCACCACCACUGUGUUUGGUGCUUUCCCUCAGUCUCAACUCCUCUCAUGCAUGAUGAAUCUAUCAAUUAUCAGGAUUUGCAAGGAGGUUGUAAGCAUACCAGAGGACUUAGCACUGAGGAAAUACGUUAAAGGCAGUAGAAAUAAGUGCAGAAAUUUAUUGGAUUUUUGGUCAUGAGUAUGCAGUGAUACCUGUCAAACUACUUGUUGUGGAGUGACUGUGGGGCAUGCAGAUGCAGGUCAUGACCAGUGGGCUUUAUGAGUGACAGUUUGAGCCAGCAUGUUGAAAGAAAUUACUUGAGUGGCUGUCAUUGCUUGCUAUUAUUUACAUUAUAUAUGAAAGGAAUUCUUUCGUAAUGUUGCUUUGGUACUGAAUUAGUGACAUAAUUAGUAAUCUGUUUCUACAUUUUUCUUUUUGAUCAACUGGAAUAUCUUGUAAAACUUCACAUUAAAAAGCCAAACUGUUAACCAAGCGAACAUGUGUAAUCUGCUGUAUACGUUUCUUCAUUUCUGCUUGCUAGUGUAUUGUGUUUUAUCUGAUCAAAAGAAAGAAUCAGAUUAAAGAUACCAGUAGCCAACAAUUGACAGGUUGUAUGGUUAAUAUUUGGCAAAUGACAAGCACCAGUCCCUUAAGGAAUAACAUUGUUAUUACAGUACAUAUCAACUGCUGCUUGAGUUUGUGAGGACAGAAGUGCUUGUGUUGAUGGCUAGUUUGACAGCCAGUGCCCCACCUCACCCCUGGACUCACCACACACAGCAGGCAGCAUGCAGUCAGGCAUUAAAUUUACGUAAUUUCUAGUGCUGUGCAGUCACAUAAAAAAUUAAAAAAGAAAAAAAUCUAGGUUAAGGUUUUAUCACCAGUGUAUGAGGACAUGAGGAAAAUGUGUGUGUGUGCGUGCAUGUGUGUGCGACAUCAUAUGCAAGUUAUUUUUUACCCAUUUUGUCAAAUCUUUCUGAAAAAAAAGUGCAAACACCCAAAGGAAAUUAAUGUAGUGCCCUUUUAAAACUUGUACAUUAUCACCACCACCACCACCCCACCGUGAGGACAUCCACCUCUAACAUUAAGCUCUGUACAACCCUUCACACCAGGAAUACAUUCAUAGUCUGUGCCAUAAAUGUCAAAGAGCG